UGGAAGGUUUUAUUUUUUUGUUUUUGUUUUUCCUUUCGUUUUUAAAUUAUCUUUAAAAUCGAAACUUUAUAAAAUUUCUUAUCUCCAUUUUUAAUAGUGUUUAUGAGUGUGUUUGCUUUUAUGUUUUAUAUUGGAAAUUGAUUAUUAUUUAUUUUUGUAAAAAUGGCGGAUGCUGAGGAAAACGUGUAUGAAGCGCACGUGAGUUGUUGGAAGGAUCCGGCCGGUGUGUGUACCAUAGAAGCUACUGUUGUCACUGGCUUCGAAACGGUUGCCAAAGAGGAAUGCGAAGAAAAACUCACUUGUUCAGCCAAAAUUGAGAGAGGAAGAAUAUUUUUUGAUAUUCCAUUUAGCAGAGUUUCAGAGGCCUUAACAUUACGUUCAGUUGACAAUGUUUAUGUGUUGAUGACUGAACUAAAAGAAUUUGAAUUUCCUGAUGAGAAAGAACAAGUGUUUGACAAGUUAAAGAAAUUAAUAUGUGAAAUUGAUUGGCCUACUGGAUUAAAUGUGUGGAAAAAAAUUUCAAAGUAUGAAAACAGAAGUUUAGAAGAAUUGUUUCAGUGUAAAUUGACACCAGAAGUGUCAGAACAAGGUGACGAAAAGAGUUUAAAUAUUCCAAAAUUUCGAGUGACUUGUAACAGAAGUGGUAAAAAUCAUUGUUUCACGUCUAUGGAAGCUGCAGCUGAAUUUGGAGGUGCCAUUAAUGAUCUGUUUCAUUGGAAAGUAGCCAUGAAAAAUUAUGAUAUUGAAGUAGUUUUAACUAUUAGUGAAACAAAGCUUUACGUUGGUAUAGCUCUUACUAAAGAAAGCCUUCAUUGUCGUAAUUUGGAACAUUUCGGCCCUACUUCUCUGAGAGCAACAAUUGCUUAUAAUUUACUCAGAAAAGAAAAUUUAUAUCUGAAAUAA